AUGUCUAAAGCACCAACCCUUAACCCGCGCUCCCUCCAAAGCCGCCUCCAACACCUCCUCAAGCACUGGCCCUCAGAUGCUGUCCGUCCAGCCUCUGUCUCAGUUCAAACCUACAUCCAGUCCCGUCUUGAUUCAGCAGAUAAGACCAAGCCAGCAAUCUCCGAGUCCUCCGCAAGCGCGCUUGAAUCGCUGCUGAAUAAUCGCUACGCGCGCAAAUAUCCCCUGCCAGAGAAACUGCGCCGACCGGCCAGUAACCCAGACCACUAUGACAAUGUUGUACGUGAAUUUGCGGAGGCGCCGAACCGCGAUUGGCUUGGUCGGUUACGGAAGAGACUGGCUGGUAUCAUCCGGCUGUCGUAA